GCUCCCCGGGAGUCUCUCAUCAGCUUCUCUUGUGGCCAUCACAGUGCUGCCUUCCCCUCAGCCCACUCUCCAUCCUCUGAGAAGGCUUCAGGAUGAGUUUGGGAGGAGCAGCAGCCAGAGGAGGAGCCACUGGGACUGAGUCAUGGCAGGAAGCUGAGGAGGGCGGGAGAUAGCAGCCAGCCUAUAAAAAGGACCAGGAGACGGCCCUCGAGUUCACAGCAGCAGCCAGAGAAGCAGCUUCCAGCAGCAGCCCUGCACCUCGAAUCCAGAUCUGCCUGAGAGCACCUUAGUGCUGGCUCAGUGACCAGUCCUUGCCCCAGGAUGGGGACCAUGUCCAGAGCAGCCUUGGUCUUGGCCUGUUUGGCUGUUGCUUCUGCCACCUCUGAGGGAGGCCCCAGGAACUCAGAGCAGAAGGAGCUCAGGCCAGAGUACCUCAUGCAGCACCUUCAAGAGGUUGGCUAUGCAGCAGCCCCCGCACCGCCCCUGCCUCAAAGCCUCCUCCUGGAUCACCCUGAUACCUCUCCACACGACCCUCCCUUCGAGGGCCAGAGAGAAGGUAAGGUCACCCCCUACCCCGCCCCACUCUCCAGAUCGGGAGGAGGGCGGAAGGCUCGCCCACCCAUCGCGCACCAGGACGCUCACACCCGGCCCUCUACAGCGCAGCCCCCUCCCCCGCGGGCAGCCAUCCCCGAACAAGAGGAAGUGCUGCCCUCUGCCCAGCUCCCUGCUGAAAAGCAAAAGGACCCCCCGCCCCCUCACGAAGCUGUCCCCUUCCAAGAAGAGCGGCCUCCUCCCCAGCCGUUCCUUGAGCAGAAGGAAGUAGACGCACCUCUCCCCCAUCAAGAGCAGAAGCCCUUCCGGUUCCAGCAGACAGAAGAAGAGCCAGCUCCCUCCGGGGGCCAGGGCCCUCCUGAGCCUCAAUCCUGGAAUCCAUCCCAGCACUGCCAACCAGGCCGAGCCCGAGGGGGCUGGGGCUUCCGACUGGACGGCUUUCCCCCUGGGCGGCCUUCUCCACACAAUCUGAACCAGAUCUGCCUUCCUGACCGUCCACACGUGGUGUACGGCCCCUGGAACCUGCCGCAGUCUGGCUUCUCCCACCUUAGCCGCCAGGGCGAGGCCCUCAAUUUGCUGGAGACUGGAUAUUCCCGCUGCUGCCGCUGCCGCAGCCAUACACAACGUCUAGACUGUGCACAACUCGUGUGGGAGGACGCAAUGACCCGGUUCUGUGAGACCGAGUUCUCGGUCAAGACCCGACCCCACUGGUGCUGCAGACUACAGGGGGAGGCUCGAUUCUCCUGCUUCCAGGAGGCCGCUCCCCGGCCGCACUACCAACUCUGGGCCUGCCCAAGGCACCAGCCUGGCAUCUCGUUGGGCCCCGAGCUUCCUUUCCCCCCCGGGGCACCCACACUGGACAAUGUUAAGAACAUCUGCCGCCUGAAACGCUUCCGCUCUGUGCCACGCAACCUCCUGCCUACCGACCCCAUCCAAAGGCAGCUGCGCGCUCUGACCCGGCUGGAAGUGGAGUUCCAGCACUGCUGCCGCCAGGGGAACAACCACACCUGUACAUGGAAGGCCUGGGAGGACACCCUUGAUGGAUACUGCGACCAGGAACAGGCGAUAAAGACCCACCAUCACGCCUGUUGCAAAUACCCUCCCAGCCCCGCUCGGGACGAGUGCUUUGCGCGUCGGGCUCCCUACCCCAACUAUGACCGUGACAUCUUGACAAUAGACCUCAGCCGGGUCACCCCCAACCUGAUGGGCCACCUCUGUGGAAACCAAAGAGUCCUCACCAAGCAUAAGCAGAUUCCUGGGCUGAUCCGGAACAUGACCGCCCGCUGCUGUAAGCUGCCCUUUCCCGAACAGGCCUGCUGCGCUGAGGAGGAGAAAUCAGCCUUUGUCGAUGAGCUGUGUGGCACCCGACCAAGCUUCUGGAGAGACCCUGCCCUCUGCUGUGACCGGAGGCCUGGGGACGAGCAGACCAACUGCUUCAACAUCAAUUAUCUGAGGAACGUGGCUCUGGUGGCUGGAGACACUGAGGACACCAAGGGCCAGGAGGAGCAGGGCCCGACUCGGGGUGCACAUGCCAGCACCACCCCUCAGCCCAAGGAAGAGUGAGUCACCCCAGAGCCGCGGAGGAUCAGCUGGAGGGAACCCCGCCCGCCCCACCCCCUCGAAGGCUCAUCACAGUAAACACCUCUCGGACUUGGCGUCUGUGACACCACCCGCACCCUCACACCCUCCUAAGCCUCCCGAUUCCUUCAGUGACUGCCCCUGGCCCACUGCCCUGCCCGCGCUGGCUGGGCAGAUGUUCCACGGGCUGUGAUGGGACCGCAGCUGAACGGCUUGACUUCAUUAUUCGUCAUCUUGAAUUGAUUCAUGCAUUUCCAAAGGGGCACCACCUUGAGAGUUUCACGGUAAAAAAAAAAAUUAAAAUAAAAUAAAAAAUUAAAAAAGA